GUUCAUCUUCCACCAUCUCACCAUCCUGAAGUCCUACCUGGAACAUUUGUCCCCCCCCCCCGGAACCAUGUGCUAUGCAGAAUAAAAGGUUGGUUCCAUUCCCGUUUCGACAAUAUGAUUUGCUAGGGAGGGUCUACCGUUCGAUUGGCUUGCUACUCCGCGGUUGCGAACAUCGGAAUCUUUUCAGUCUCGAAUCUAUUAGCUCAAAAAGCAUCCCGAAUAUCCCCAUACCUGCUGCUUGCGAUGGCGAGGAUCAAACAGGGCGUGUUUUCCUGGGAGGACGUUUUGGCCCACCGGUACCAAAAUAACAAGCCCGCAGCCUUGCCCCGCUCCCGGAGACAAAGCGCCAACUCCGCCGCUCGAAGCCAGACAACACAGAAACAACCCGAUCCCCGACUGCUCAACUGGGAUGACCAGCCGCGCAGCACGCUGCUCGCGAAGCUCUCUCCCGAGCUGCGGGUGAUGAUAUGGGAGCUGGUCCUCGGGGGCAUGCGCAUCCACAUUGUCCAGCGGACGGACAGACGCAUGGGCCAUGUGGUUUGCCCGCCGCCGCUCACCGAGCCCUGCGAGAUCUGUCGCGGCGGUCUACCCCCGUCAGGCCGAGAGGGGGAUUCGCAUAUAUCCGGCGAUCUUUUGGCGCUGUCCAUGGCAUGUAAACAGAUAUAUUCAGAAUCCAUUCAUUUACUGUAUACCCUGAAUAUCUUCGAGUUUAGCAACACCUGGUCCCUCACCUACUUCCGUCCCACCGUGCCCACGGAUCUCUGGGACGCCAUUCGAGAAGUUGAACUGAGCUGGGCGUUCCCGGGCCACUGGCUACCGAGUAAGGACCCUGUUAAGACGGUGUAUUUCUCCGCGGGGAGGCAACAGUGGAUCGAGACCUGCGGCGCCGUGACUCGCAUGAAGGGGCUACAGUCGUUUACGCUGCACCUGAGCGGAAGCUGGUUCUGUGAGCCGGUGGAGAAGAUCCCCGUGUUUCUCGAACCGCUGCGCGACCUCCAUCUCCGACAGAGAUGGCAGUUGAAUCUCCCCAAGCAGCCUUACUAUGUCAAGGAGAUUCGAAACAUCGACGGGGAUCUGCGGAAGAGGGGCAUUGAAUGUUCGAUUCGAGCGGUUUAGUGGGGGGGGGACUUGCAAGGAGUUAGUUAUCGUGAGUAUGUAUAUAUAUAUGCAAGGGAAUGUUUUUGAUUACAUUAGGAUUCUUUCCGUAUCAAUUUACCAUCCUAACCUGCUAGAUUGAUAAGAAUCUCCGCAAUGCAGUCUCAGCAGGACCAAAUCCGAGAUAGAUUAAGUUAACGUCUAUCUAUGUAUAAACUCAACAGUAUAUAUAAAAAAAAAAAAAUCCA